GGCAGGUGGGGCUGAGGCGCAGACGGCGGCUGAGCUCAGCGUCUGGCUGUGCGGACAUGGCCGGGCCGGGCUUUGGGGGCCACCCCGUCGGACCGCUCCUGCUCCUGCUGCUGCUGCUGCCCCAGGCCCUGGUGGAGGGACCCUUGGUGUUCGUGGCUGUGGUGUUCCGCCAUGGUGACCGGGCCCCGCUGGCCUCCUACCCCACCGACCCGCACAAGGAGGCCGUGUCCGCGCUGUGGCCGCGCGGCCUGGGCCAGCUGACCGCGGAGGGGGUCCGCCAGCAGCUGGAGCUGGGCCGCUUCCUGAGGAGUCGCUAUGACGCCUUCCUGAGCCCCGAGUACCGGCGGGAGGAGGUGUACAUCCGCAGCACGGACUUCGACCGGACGCUGGAGAGCGCUCAGGCCAACCUGGCGGGGCUGUUCCCCGAGGCCGGCCCGGGGCGCCCCGAGGCCGCCUGGAGGCCCGUCCCCGUGCACACGGUGCCGCUCGCCCAGGACAAGCUGCUGAGGUUCCCCACGCGCUCCUGCCCCCGGUACCGCGAGCUGCUGCGGGAGGCCACGGAGGCCCCGGCGUACCAGAGGGCGCUGGAGGGCUGGGCGGACUUCCUGCCUCACCUGGAGAACUGCACCGGGCUGUCCCUGGUUGGGGAGCCGCUCCGCAGGGCGUGGAAGGUUCUGGACACGCUGAUGUGCCAGCGAGCCCACGGUCUCCCCCUCCCGUCCUGGGCCUCCCCGGAUGUCCUGCAGACACUAGCCCAGAUCUCCGCCCUGGACAUCGGGGCCCACGUGGGCCCACCCCGGGCAGCAGAGAAGGCCCAGCUGACAGGGGGGAUCUUGCUGGACGCCAUCCUUGCUAACUUCUCUCGGGUCCAGCGCCUGGGGCUGCCCCUCAAGAUGGUGAUGUACUCGGCUCACGACAGCACCCUGCUGGCCCUCCAGGGGGCCCUGGGCCUCUACGACGGGCACACCCCGCCCUACGCUGCCUGCCUGGGCUUCGAGUUCCGGAGGCGCCUGGGGGACCCCGAGGAGGACGAUGAAGAUGCAGGGAAUGUCACCGUCUCCCUCUUCUACCGCAACUCCACCGGCCUGCCCCUCAGCCUCAGCCUCCCUGGGUGCCCAGGGCCCUGCCCGCUGGGCCGCUUCCACCAGCUGACCGCCCCGGCCCGGCCCCCAGCCCACGGGGUCCCCUGCCACGGCGCCCACGAGCCUGCCUCUCCCACAGCCACCAUGGUGCCCCUGCUGGCUGGGGCUGUGGCUAUGCUGGCGGCGCUCUGCACGGGGCUGGGGCUGCUGGCCUGGAGACCCGGCUGCCUGCGGGCCUGGGGGGACCCCGUGUGAGCCGCGAAACUGGGCACCCCUCCCCACUGCCGACUCUGGACCCCAACACGUGUGCUCACCAGCUGUACCAGCUUCUGUGACUUCCUGUGUGCGCCUGUAUGUGUGUGUGGACGGACGCACAGGGCCCCUAGCCUGUUAGUCACAAGUGGUUGUGUGCGCGCAUGCACGUGCAUGCAGUUCAUGCUCAGAUGUCUGGAUGGUUCUGCACUUUAACGUGUGCACUUCCUGCAUGUGAUAGCACAUGCCUGUAUGUCGACAGGCCCCUACGCACACGUGCAGUCUACAUUGGUAUGUGAAGGUGCCUCUCGGGGCGUCCUGAUGUCUUUCUCUACAUACACGAUGGCAUGUAGCGAGAAACAAGGCUGAGUCCUCUUGGACGCCAUGUCCAGGAGACAAGCAGCACCUCCAGCCCUCUAGGCCCCUGGGGAGGGGUCAGGCCUGUCUUGUAUCUGGAGCUGAGCCCGGCCCCAAGGCUGCCCAGUGCCCAGCCUGAGGCUGCACAACUCGGGAAGCCACUCGCCCCUGUGCUCCCAUCUCAGGGCGAGUCGGACUGCAGCACCUCUGAAAUUCACCUCCCAGGACCGCCAUGCGGCAUUUAAAUAAAAUGUCAGUCAGGUCCCAGCCACAUCCCAGCGGCUCAGGUGCCAUACGUGGCUGGUGUGGUGGGCCCAGGACUCAUAGCACUCAUGCUCCUGCGGCCACUGCCCUCCCCACCAGCCAGGCAUCAGGCUCAAGUGUGUGAACAGCCCGGAUUAGAACACUGGGGGGUGGGGUGUUGGUGUGUGGCAGGCAGCCAGUCACCCAGUGCCC